AUGGUGUGGGCCUGCCCCUCCAACCCGGCUAUUCCCCCCAUCCGCAACCCAACCCGGGAGAACUGGCAGGCGAUCCUGCUCGGCUGCCAUGACUUACAGACGCCGGUUGAAGCCUUGGGACCAAUUUUGCAGUGCACUGUUCAAGUCUUAACUCAAUCUGGAUCACUGUCAAAAGCACUGAAGUCUCUUGGAAACAUCGUAUAUUUGCUGCUGAAGGUUGUGAACGAGAACUUGGCAAAAGCGUUCCAGGCAGCCGUGAAGCUAAUUCCGGGUUCUGUCAGCUUAACCGGAUGCGAAGGAACCAUCAGCGUAGGUGUGCCGAACACUCUUGUUGGCCAGUGCACCACCGACCUUGGCAACCUCUGUUCAACAAGCGUGGGAAACUUUGUACCUGGACUUGUAAAGGCUCUUGAGUGCCUUCUGAACGAGGUGCUCAACACUGAUCCGCAGACCACAGCUAAGACGCUACUUUGCGACAUUUUCAAUGUUGGUGACGUCGGUGUCGGUGUACCAGGAAGUACACUAGACGCUAUCGUCGAUGGGAUCAAAGAUUUUCUCCAAUGCUGAAUUUGCCACCUUGCUUCAAGACUGCGCAAGUUUUGUCACCGAUCCAUAUUAACGCUGAUUCCAAGCUGCCUUCGAACUUCUGCUUGCAGUAAAGAUACAUCAAUCUUUUUGGUUCUCGGGAAUAUACAGGCGUGAAGAGCAACGAGUUUCGCUAUGCUUUCCAGUUAUUAGCUACGUUUGAACACUUAUGUUGUACGAAUCAAUAAAGCAUCUUGU